UUCCCCACCAUCCUCAUCGCAUCAUCUCCCAGUCUCGCCCAUUUCCUUCCCCACUCCUCCGCUAACCCAUCUCUCCCACUCCAACUCCUCGCCGGCGGCCUCGGAGGCGGCGGCUCCGCCACCACAACCACCGUCACCAUGUCUGCCAAGGGGGACGACUGCGGCAAGCACGAGUGGUGCAAGUGUCACAAGACCGAGUGGUGCAAGUAUUGCAAGCCCUGCCGCCCCAUCGUCGCCUGGAUCUUGGCCUUCAUCAUACUGAUCCUCUUCAUCAUCCUCGUCAUCUGGCUGGUCCUCCGCCCCACGAAGCCCAAAUUCUACCUCCAGGACGCCUCCGUGUACGUCUUCAACGUCUCCGACCCGGACAACCUGGUCUCCUCCACCCUUCAGGUGACCAUCUCCACCCGCAACCCCAACGACCGCAUCGGCAUCUACUACGACCGCGCGGACGUGUUCGCCUCCUACAAGUACCAGCAGAUCACCCUGGCGACGGCGGUGCCGCCCUUCUACCAGGGCCACAAGGACAUCGACGUGUGGUCCCCCUACCUCUACGGCUUGAACAUCCCGGUGGCGCCGUUCCUGGCGCAGUCUCUCCUCCAGGACAAGUCCUCGGGGUUCCUCCUCCUCCACGUCAAGGUCGACGGCCGGAUCCGGUGGAAGGUGGGAUCCUGGACCUCCGGCCACUACCACCUCUUCGUCACCUGCCCGGCUUUCCUUUCUUUCGAGACCGGGCAGGGAAUCGACGACCCCACGGCCAUCAAAUUCCAGCAGAUCUCCACCUGCAGCGUCGACGUCUGAUACGAUCCAUCCAUCUUCGCAUGAUUUCUGAGUCCUUUUUUCUUUUUUUGUCUUUUUCCCCACUGUAACUGAAAGGGGAGGAAAACAAGGGGUUUAAUUUUACGUUUAAGGGUACAGUUCGUUGGGGGGGUAAUAACGACGGCAUGUGGAAAGAUACUCGGCUGCGUGUAUAUUAUCAGUUGAAGACUACGAUGGGGAAUAAUAAAGGGGUCAGACUUAGAGGGUAAGAUUUCUGUAACGUGUAAUAGCAUAGUUAAUUGUGAAUAAAGUAAUUGUGGGCUUUGCUACGUUGGAAA